AUGCUUAAAGGUUUAACAUGGGCAACGCUUCGUGCGAAUUAUUCAUUAAUACCACUUUUUUCUGUUGUUGCUCUUGGUGUAGUGAUGGCGGCUGGACAAUCGUUUCGUAGUUUGUAUGGAUCACCUGAUGUUAAAGUAAAUCGUGGUAAUCCUGAUCGACCAUGGGAAGUACAAGUUAAGGAUGAUGGUACAUUUAAACAUACAAAAUAUGUUAGACUUCAUGAUUAUGGUAAAAUGAAGAAAAGUGAAUAUGAACCAGAACUCAGCGAGUGA